UGUCCAGCAGAUGGCUGCAUUUCUCUUUUGCCCCAAUUCCAAAACCUGCACACCAUUCAAGCAAAGAGAAAAAAUGUUUCCUGAAGGAAUAACUUUUCCUUGUGGCAGAAAAAAGAGCCCUCUGUAUUGUUGGAGCUAAAAUGUUUGCUAUCUUUCUCCAUACAGUGAAGUCAGCAUGUCAUUCGCCAUUUCCAGUGAACAGUGUCAAUUAAUCAACCACAACCUUUUUGUUGUUCAUUGGCUGUUAUGUUUUACAGUAAAACCACAGCGCCUAUAAGAGCCUUGUUCAACUUCAGCAUUGUAUUGAGGAUUCUCUGGUUUGCACAUAUCACCUGAUUCAAGAUUAUUCUGCAACCAGGAACUGAAUGAGUGAAGAUGAAACUGACAUGUUCCCUCCCUCUGGUUUUGUUUCUUCUUUUGGUCAUCAGCCAAGGUGUCUUCAGUAACCCCCCUUCAGGAAACUGUUGUAUGUCAGUAGCAUUUCCCAGCCAAAUGAGUAUCUGUGCUGUGACUGGAUCAUCAGUGGUCAUAUCCUGCUCUUUCAAGAAUCCUUGUAACCUCACCAUCUCUAAAAUCUACUGGGGGAUCACAACCCAGGAUGGAAAAACGCCUACUGAUCUGAAAUUGAAUGCUGCGUACCAAGGUUGUGUGCAGUAUUUCUGGAACAAUGACACCGACUGCACAAUGAAAAUACAGAAUGUGCAGAAAGAGGACAGCUCAAGUUAUCGACUCAUUUUUGAGAUUGAGAAUCCCAAUAAGACAAGGGAAGGCAAGUUUGAGAUCAAUUUCACAGUCACAGAUCUUACAGUGCUGGUUCCUCUACCAGUGAUUGAGGGCGGUGAUGCAAAGUGGCUUUGCAUGAGUGUCUGCAAUGUGACAGGCGAUCCCAAAGUGAUAUGGAGAAAGAAUGGACAAGUUUUAACUGGUAAACAGAGAAACAGACAUGAACUUGAGCUCCAGAAUGUCAGUAUUAAGGAUGAAGGCUUCUAUUCCUGUGGAACUGCAUCUGCGUGGCCUACUGAGCUGAGCUUUGGGACCUGUCUGACGAUAGGUGUAAGUGUGAGUGCAGCUGGGGUUCUGGUUCUGGUCUGUGUGGUAAACUGGAUCAGUGUCAAGAAGAGAUCAGGGGGGCACAAGAAAAGGGACAAUGGCCAUCUCUUCACUCUUCAGCCCCAAGCCCCCAGAGAGUCUGGACGAGAGUCCGACGUCCAGUACACCACUGUCCAGUUCAAACGCAGGGAAUCUCCAGAAACUGAGGGGGAUGAUGUCCAGUGUGCCAGUGUCCAGUUCAAAAUGGCUGGGGUGGCACAGGGGAUAGUGGAGAGUGACAGGAAGUGAGUGUGAGAGAGAGUCGGGGUGGGAUCCGGAAAGGACCACGGGGCGGGAAUCGAACCCGGGUCGCCGGUGAAUGGUGCAGAUGCCCCAGCCAGUUACACCACACUGUAGCCUAUUACAACGUGGAGCAGCAGUCUGAUAGUCGUCCACAACCAGGUCACAGAAAGUGCACCCCACAUUUGUGCCACAAAUUGCCUACUCCAUAACACAAACAACCUGUAACUCACCCAUUAGAAAUUCUAGCCUUAGUUCAGCAAAGUCCUUAAUGAUAUCUUAUUGAAAUCCAACUGCCUGGCUCUGCUGUUCUCUAUGGAGAGUAUGGCCAAUCUACUCAAUGGUUUUUGUCCCAUGCUUGCCUACUCCUUAGGUAGGACUUAACAUCAGCAUCGGUAGCACCAACACCAGCAGCAACAUUAGAAAACUAUCCAAUUUAAUAACUUUGGAUUUAGUCUCCUCCAGUUCUUGCCUUUCUUUUAUCUUGUGUGUGCUCGUAAUUAUGAGAUAAUGUGAUAUUUGUUUUGAAAGCAAUGAGCUUCCAUAUCUUCUAACAUCUGAACGUAAACAAAUAGUGUCACCAUGACUAAUAGUUAUAGGGCAAGAGAGUGGUAUAAAUAGCUAUCAAUCCCUUACAAAAUAAACAUUGAAAAACAUGAAAAGAAAAAUAAACAUCCGAGAACUGCUGUCGAGAUUCCAUCACGAUGUUGAGUGAUGAGCCCAAGUACUGACGGGAGGGGGCCCAAGUCGGGGGCGUAGUGGUGGGCCCCCCUCCGCGCCAGGGCCCUGGUACCUUCGGUAAUUCUGCCAUUGCAAGUUCUCCUCACAUACAAUAUAAUCUCCAGAUCUCAGGACUAUGAAACAAUCUAUAACAAAAUAGGAAAGAAAGUGACUCUUUUGUGAUUUCAAUAUGCCUAAGUUGUGCAGAGUUCUUUUGACACUGUACUGAUGUCUUCUUGCAGUUCACCUGAUUUACCAGAGGGGGAGCUCUCUGUAAUCUACAGCAGUGUUGCAAGAAACGGAAGCCCAACUAAACCAUCUAGUUUUCCGGGG